AUGGCUGUCGUCUCUGAUGGACGCUUGACUGCGACGGAAUGGCCGUCGACGACGAGUGAACGAACCCGUGAGCCGAAGGGCAAGGCGAAGCGCCAGUGGUCUGACGAAGACGGAACCGCCACUACCGAGUCCCGACUGCACUCCCGCGAGCCAUACCACGAUCUCAUCGUCGAGAGGCAACGGACCGGAGGUUUCCCGUCGGGCAGCUGCCGCACCUUCAGCCAUACCCCCGGCCGCUCGGCCCGCUGCACGGCCAGCUGCACUCCCCGCGGCACUUUCAGCUGCGUCCCCGGCCGCGUCCCCAGCUCAUCACCAGCCGCGUUCCAUCCGCGUCCCCAGCUGCACUCCCGGCGGCACUUCCAGCCGCAUCACCAGCUGCACUCCCGGCGGCGGCGGCGUCGGCGGCGGCGGCGAGCCAUCAUGCCGGCGGGCAGCUACAAGCAAGGCGACACGCCCAAGAGGGCCAUGGUCCGCGGCACCAUCUCCUAUCUCGAGUCGCAAGGCCUGCCCGUCAACAAGUCGGCCAUCUUUCGGCACUUUGAGCUCUCCCGCUCGCAGGGGUACUCGGCCCUGAGCCUGCCGUCGAGCAAACGAAGCGACCCUGAGUGGGAGGAGACGCGCGGGCGCCCCAACAAGAUCUCGGACGCGGACCAGAGCAGGAUGGAGGCCGUCAUGUGGGACGACGAGCGCUACAUGGACGACGAGACGUUCAACUGGACGGCGCUGGCCAAGGCGGCGGGCGUCGAGAUGACGUGCAACCCAAGGACGCUGCACCGGACCAUGGGCACCAUGUGGUACAGGCGAUGCCUCGGCUGCGGCCGUUCGGUGGUGCACAAGCGCUGCUGCGACAAGAGGGUCGACUGGGCGCGGCGGAUGCUCGAGGCGUACCCGCACGCGCAGGACUGGCGACCGAUGCGCUUCAGCAUCGAGCUGCACUUUGGCUUCGGCCUCGACGGCAAGGUGCGCCUGCUGCCCCGGCCCGGCGAGCGAUUCUGCACCGGCUGCGGCGACAUGGCCGAGGCGAAAUGGCCGCGCGACGUCCGGCGCCUGCACGCCUGGGCCGCGGCCGGCCACGGCUUCAAGAGCGAGCUCGUCUUCUACGACGAGUCGACGAACCCGAACAACGUCGGCGUCCUGACCAUGGCGGCCUACCACGACAAGGUGCUCGACAAGACGGUCAAGCAGUGGCUCCAGAACGGCGAGGCCUUCAUCCUGCACGAGGACGUCGAGGCCUUUGCCCACGGCGGGCUGAGCAAGCAGAACAUGGUGCAGCAGUGGAAGGAGAGCACGGGCCUGCGGCAGGUCUUCAGCUGCGGCGACAGCCCGGACCUGAGCCCGCUCGAGUCGCUCUGGCCGGCGCAGAAGCAGUGGCAGAGCGAGCUGCCCAAGAAGGACUGGGACGACGAGACGCUGCGCGAGGCGGCGCGCGAGGCCUGGCGAAGGCUCGAGCAGGAGCGGGUGAACAUCUGGGUCGACUUCAUGCCGCAGCGGCUGGCGCAGGUGAUUCAGAGCGACGGCAAGCUGGUGCCGUGGUAG